AUGCGUUUUAUUUUCUUUUUCGCUACCGCCGCCCUGGUCCCCGUAGCCUUUACGGGCCCCGUGCUUUCUUUUGAAAAAGGGGACGGUAUUAUAGCCCGCAGUAAUACCGGCGAAGUUUUAAGCAAACGAGCGUGGGCGGCUGCGGCUUUAAGUAGUUCGGAUGAAGAAGAUAGCCCGACACCUGAGCAACGCAAAGCAUGGGAGGAACAGCAAGCGGCAGAGCGCGCAGCUUGGGAAGCAAAACAAAGGGAAAAGGCCGAAAUAAAAGCCCAAAAAAAGGCCAAAAAACAGCAAGUUAAGCAGGAGAAGGAGGAAGCAAGGCAAAAGCAGCGCGCCGAAGCGCAAAAGCAGCGCGCCGAAGCGCAAAAGCAGCGCGCCGAAGCGAAAAAGCAGCGCGCCGAAGCCCAAAAGCAGCGCGCCGAAGCGCAUCAAAAUCAAAUCCCAGGAUGUUGCGGCAUAUUCAACGGCGGCAAAGGCCAAGCUAAUCCCAAUGCAUGA